CUUCAACAAGUGUAAUUAUAGUCGUCAUGUACGAUUUUGCUGCUUUUGUUCAGUUCGCAGAUGUUGAGACGAAAGGCCAAUAUAAUUGGUUACCCUUCCUUUUCAUGGUGAUUGUAGUCUUCAAUUCGUCUUUUGGAACUUUUGGGAAUUUUCACACCAUCGUUGUGGAGAUAUUACCAGUGAAGGUGAUAGCAUUGAUCUACUAUUUCUCAGUGAAACUAAGGAUUCGAAUUGAAGCCUUUCUCGAAGAUCUUUUCAACUCUUCUAGUGUUCCUCAUUUUGAAGUUAUACCCUUAUUUCCUAUUCGAUUGUAUACUUCAUCGACGAUAUCUCUCUUACUGGUAUUUAUCCAUACAUAUUUCUACCAGAAACGAAAGGUUGGUCAAUGGACAAACAUUAACUUAUUUUGUGGAAAAACGAAACUUACAAAUAUAAAAUUUUAUAAUUUAUGAGAAGCAAGCAUGUUAGUAUAAGCUACAAACAUAUGCACAUAUGUAUGUACAUUCUCUGUAAUAGUGCA